AUGACCGAACCACAACUAGACGACGAUGUUAACCUAUGCGACUUCUGCCGCUCGGUCGACUGGGCACAAGUAACAACUAGCCUCUUCAACCCUCACAAAGCAGCUCUCGAAAACGGACAGCUUAAAAGCGGCGAGCAUAACCUCGGCACAAUCCAUACAGCAGCAGCAACCUGUGAGCUAUGCAACCUGAUCUCAGACGGCUCCCGCAGCUUAAAGCCAUGGUGGCCCGUCGCGGAAUUCCUCGACCGGCCAGACCAUCUUACAUGCGCCUUCUGGAGCAGCCGGAACCGCCUCGGGUCCUCUGUGCUGACGAGCAGACUGUCGCAGGCCGAUGCGCUGGUGGAUACGCUGUAUGCGGGUGCGAAGCCGGGGUACUCUUCCACGAAUCUAAUUAUACAGGAUUUUUUCGACUCGCUUGAGCGACGGGGUGUAUUUCUGGAUGACGAUAAGGUUGGUGGUGAUGGGAAGAGGAGGAAUAAUAGCUUGAGUAAGUUGUUCGUGCUGGUUGGGAUAAGCCCGGUUAAGUGGACGGCGCAGACGUUCUUGCAGUUGCAUCCGUGUCUGUAUCCGGUGCCGGGUGUGGAUGAUUAUGUGGCGGGGGAGGAGCCGUUUUCGGUGUUUCCGUCGGGGAGGGUUGUGAAGUCGGAGGUUAAUGUUGGGUUGCUUAGGAAGUGGUAUGAGACGUGCCUUGAGACGCACGGGACGAAGUGUAGUCUGCCUCCUUGGCUCGCACCGGAUACUUCAUGGCCUGAAAAGCUCAGGUUGAUCAAUGUGCGACGCUACUGUUUAGUUGAGGCGUCAGAUCCGUGCCCCUAUUUCGCGCUCAGUUACGUAUGGGGUGAUGAGACAGGCCCCUUCCAAACAACCCUGUCAAAUGUUGAGGAAAUGAAAACACUGGAUUUUCUCAGGGGUCAGCCCUUACCGAAGACUAUCGUGGAUGCGAUAGAAUUGACUAAACAGAUGGGGGUGGAGUUCCUCUGGGUUGAUCGACUGUGUGUUAUCCAGGAUUCUGAAGCCGAUAAAGUCGUCCAAAUUCCUCAGAUGGAUCUCGUCUACUCGAGGGCAGAAUUGACAGUUGUCGCAGCAUGCGGCACGGCAACUGAUGGGCUUCCGGGAAUUAACGACACAACUCGUACCAUUAACCAGCGCACAGCGCGUGUCGCUAAAUAUCUAAGCCUAACGGAUGUCUUUCGCCUCGACCAAGAGUACCAGGAUAGCCGGUGGAAGACACGGGGAUGGACGUUCCAAGAGGGUCUCUGUUCUCGUCGAACUCUCAUAGUCGCUUCCGACCAAGUAUUCUGGAGCUGUGAAACAUCCAAAUGCUGCGAAACCAUCGCCUUCGAGGCCUUUCCCACUGCCGUCGCCCCCAACGACCUCACCUCCUCGGUGUUAUCCGGUCACAAAGUCUUCGGGGAAUUUGGGGGUGGUAACAAUUUCGCGUACAGCGAGCUAAACUCGAUGAUCCAAGGAUACUGUAAUAGAAAGCUUACCGUGAAAGCAGAUGUCUUGGACGCGUUUUCAGGGGUAUUGAGGAGAGUCGGUGUUAAUACAGGACACGAGUUUUACUGGGGUCAUUCUGUCUCGACAAGAUUUGAUGAGAGCUUGGCUUGGAACAAUAUCGUCUGGUAUCCGGAUCGCGAGCGGGAGUCACACGAGCUUCCAGAGCGGCGACGGGAAUUGCAUCGUGUGAUAUCGAGUGAUGGGGCGGUUAAUAGGGUACAGUUCCCUAGUUGGUCUUGGCUCGGGUGGAAUCACAUCCUAGGGGUAAACCGCGCCGCGCCACGACAGGUUGUGCUGGAACCAGAGUUGAAUAUUAUGAAGCUUAGUAUGGACGGAAAAGCGGCUCCAUUGUGUUCUAUAUCGAACGAGAAAAUAUUUGAGUCUGUAUCGAAGAUCGACAUGUGCGGUAUUGACAGCACGACUUCGGCGGGAUGGAAGGGAAACACGACGAUUGACCCUAGCUUACUACACCAGAAAAACGAAGACGGAGAUUUCAAGGACUCGAGUCGUCUUCUCUUUUGGACGAGCCACGCAGUGCUAAUCUUGGAAGACAACAAGAUAUAUAACGAUAAGAAAGAGGAGGUUGGCGAACUAAACCCCUUUCUACCCUAUCAGGCACCCAAACUCUCCGGGAAGCACUCGUUUAUUGUAGUGUCGCGAAAGCACAACGAUAAUAGUCUAAAGGUUCUUAAGGCGGAGAGGAAACUUAAUGUCUUAGUCGUAGAGUGGGAUGACCAUGUUAGGCGUGUUGCUUCGCGGGUUGGUGCGGGUGAAGUUAAUGAAGAGGCUUGGGUUGGGCUUGCGGAGGAACGAGAAUGGAUAUUAGUGACGCUGGCAUAG